UGUUUUCAUCUUGUGUGACAUUUGCUCAUUAGGUCAAUCGUUUGAAUUUGUUUUGAGUUUAUUUUCAUGGUGAAUGGACAUUAGCUGUGGAAGACAACAUUAUUUAUGCCAAUAAAAUUACAUUGAAAUUAUUUGAUUGAAUAUUAUGAUUUGAAUUUUAAGAAAUUUUUAUUCAUUUUUAUUAUUUUGAACCAACCGCUCCAAAACGAUAUAAAACGAAGCGAUUUCGCCGUGCAUGACAGAGACAGCAUGUUAGGUUAACAUAUCAUCAUCUCUGUUGCACCAAUGUGACAAACGAAUGGAACGGUGUGUCAAAAACGGGCGCAAUUCUCAUAUGAACGAGGAAUCCGUAACAGCAAACGUAUUGUUUGUUUGGUACAAACGGCGACAAUAAUGAAGCGACAACCAACGAGAAAGAGAUAAACGAAAAUCCUUUCAUAUUCUUAUGCGAAUAUAUGUGUGUGUGUGCUAUUUUAUGUGUAUAUCCAUGUCUGUAUGUGUGUGUGUGUGUGUGUGAAUAUUUUGUUGUGCAUAAAGUGCGAACGCAAUGAUACAUAGAGCACCACAGCCAAUGGGGCGAUUUACUUCGAGUUUGAAAUUUUGUAAGGGCAGUGCACAGGCAGAAGAAAGUGAAGCAAAUGCAGAAAAUUCUUAUUUUAGCCUAACAACAACAAAAAAAUUUAAUUUAUUCAGUAAUCUAUAAGCUAUUUAUUCAAUCAAAUUGUAUAUAUUCUGAAUGGAUUCUGUGUGUGAUUUUCUCGUCGAUUUUUAUCUUGAACGUUUUUAAAAGAGAACGAAAAAUUCUUUCUGCUGGUGAAUUUCAAAGUCAGAAGUGAACAAUUGCAGUGUGUGACAAACGGAAAGAAGAAUUCAGUAAAGAGUUGCUGUGAAGAAAAAAAAAAGAGUUUGAACGAAUUCAAAUCUCUUAGUUUCCAUUUCUAUCGCCAAAUUGUGUAUCAAGAUUUGGACGAUUCUAUGAGGGGAAAUCAAAAUAAAAUAGCAUCACGAAUCGUCAGUCAGAGCAUCUUGUGAUAGGAAGAAAAUUCAUCGAAUUGUGCAUAGCGAUUUCCAAUUUUUGCAAGUGUGUGACACAUUUGGAGGCGCAUCAAAAUUAAUCGUAUAUCGUUCGGUAUUGCCACAUUAUUUGUUCUUUUUUUUAUUGUGUGAAAUCAGUUAACAGUGCGACGACAGAAAAAAUAAAUACCGAAGAAGGUGUCAACACAAAAAAGAAAAGAAAAAGUUGAGUCGAAUAAUCUGGAAAGCGACUAUAAGCGAAAACCACAGAUGAUGCACAGAAUUGAAUUCACAAAGUGAAGCGUCAGUUAACUGUAAACGAAGAUCGAAGCGAAUGAAUCAGUUUUAUAAAAACCCAUUUUCGUUCUUCAUUUUUUGAGAGCCUGUGGAUUGCAUCAAAUCAAAUCACAUGAUUAAAGUAAUGCAAAUAGAGUCGCUUUAUCCAUAAUUGCACACAUUAAGAGCACACAUACAAAUUGGCACAUUAAAAAAAAAUUCAAGGCGAUUUUCAUCACUUGCACACCCCCUACCUACAUUCGUAGAAUUAAGCAAAGAAAGAUUGUUCUGAGAAAAAGUUGAAAGCAAAAGAAAAAAAUACGUGAAAAUGAAUUCCUUUCUUGAUGUCACAGCAAACCAACGGCCAUCAUUGAGUGCACACAAAAAUUACAGUGCCAUAAAGCAAUUGUCACCGAAAUUGGCUCAUACACCGUUGGCCCAGCAAUCCAACAAUACAAAUCACACAAAAUCACAGUCCAGCCAGAACGGUUCCAAUCAAACGAAGAACAACAAUAACAACAACAAUAAUAAUCGACGCAAACACCAUACAUAUCAAUCGAAUGGCAAAAAACGAAGUUUUAACGGUGCACACAAUUCAAAUGUAGGUGUAAGCAACAGUAACCACAACAAUAACAACAACAACAACAACAGUGCUGACAAUCGACAGUACCAUCGUUUAGGGAAUAACAACAAUAGCAGUUCGAAUCACAAUGCCACGGUCUCAGGCAAAAAAGGAGAUAAAUUUCAGACAAAGGACAAUUUCGAUCCAGUGCGAUCAACGAACACGGUGUCUAGUGUAAGUAGCAUCAGCAGCGAAGGCAGCUCCGAAGGAGGCAACAGCAAAUCAAGCAAAGAUCGAAUUUCAAGAUCGAAUACAAACGCUAAAUCGUCUACUAUGGACAUACGAUCGGCCAGACUCAUGAUUCCGCAUCCAGCGGUCCAGCACAAUCAGCCGCCAAUGUCACUCUUAUCACCGAGCGCUAAGUCACUGUACAAUCUCGAGUAUUUGCACCAAGUGGGCUCACAAAUAUCCGAUCGAUAUCGAUCACAGCAAAACGAUUUCUACAGUGCAAAUAGUAAUUCGAAUGGAAAUCGGUUGUCUUACUCGAAUGAACGAAACAAUGGGUCACGUUACAAUAAUUCGAAUGCAAACAACAACGGAAACAAGUACACAAAUAAAUCAUCAUCAGCGCAAGCUAGUAAUACGUCCGCAUCACCUCCAUUGUCGAUCACAUCAAGUGGCAGCUGUACGACGAGUAGUAAAAAUGGCCGGACAACAUCGAAAUCGUUCAAUGGCAAUAAUACGAUGAACUCCGUUAAUACGCAUCGAAAUAUGCCAACGACACCAACCAUACAGCAAUCGCACAAUGGCUACUUUCAGUCACAAAACAUCCCAUUUUUCCAUUCGAAUUCAUCGAACGGUAUGCAACAGAUGUUCUCGUCUGCAAUGAGUCCUAGCAAUCAGUCACAGCAUUCCAAUCAGUCCGUUGGAUUGUAUGUGCAACAAAAUUCAUCGUCGGCCUAUCAUCCGAACAACAAUUAUCACAAUCACAAUCGGAAUUACAGUAGCAACAGUAAUGGAAAUGGCAACAAGAAAAAUUGGAAUUAUUACAGCAAAUCAAAGUCCGAGGUCAAUGGAAAUUACAGCAGUUCAAACAGUUCAACUACGAGCAGUACACACAGUACUGGGAAAACUAAUUUAAGUAAAUCAACACUGCUACCGCCACGUAAUGAUACCCCUCCAUCAGCCACUGAGAGCUCGAUCAAAAAGCCGAACGCAUCGGAUAAGUUACCUGUGAAAAAGCUAGCAAACAAAAGCACUCAAGUUGAAUCACCGCCUCCAAGUCUGAAAACAUUUAGUCUAAGUGAUAGUGAAACGUGUAAUUCAAAGGUGAAGCAAUUGCCACCGAAUGAUUACUUUCGUUUCCCAAAAUCAAAAGCAUCCUCAUCGCCGGUUAUUAGUGCGAAUUCGCCAACGAUGCUAAGCGAUAAAAACUCACCAAAACGAAUGAUAUCACACACGUUCCUUGCGUCAAUUGAUAAGGAUACUUUAAAAAAAUCCGAAAUGACACCAGCACAUCACAGUUCAACGUAUGAAAAAUCGGAAAAAAGUUCCUUUAAUCAAAACCAAAUGAGUUUUCUACAGAAUCAACGCACCGAUUUUUCAAUGUCUUCGCGUUACAUUAGCACCGGAUCAAUGCUCACCGAAGAGAUGCUAUUGAAUGGUAGUUUGAGUCGACUUCGUUACAUGAACCCACAAAAUAUGCAUCUGCUGAGUGAAGCGAACGUUUGGGCAACAAGCCAUCUCGGUAAUACCGAUUGUUUCACGAAUUCACCAGCACGUGUGAAAAACUUUGUGCCCAGUGUUGCACAACAAAAACGGAGAUCAGGAACAUCAUCGAGUGCUACGGUUACACGAAAACCAAAUGAUUUCGAAACCCAACGGGCAACGCAGUAUCGUAAUCGGGUGAGCGAAGUGAAAAUUCCAAGUGAUUUGUGCAAUGGAACUGAAUGGGAUACACUAUCUCAGAAGAUAUGGGCCAAGUUUGAUGAACGUAGACAGCCACAAGAAUUGUAUGAAAAGAAAAUUCUACUUUGGGUACAUCUUUGCCAACAAAUCAAGACAAUAUUUUCACGGUAUAGCUUGUAUUUGGUUGGUUCAACGGUGUCUGGCUUUGCCUUGGAUUCAUCCGAUGUCGAUAUGUGUCUCGUUUCCCGCUUGAGUACAAAUCUGGAUCAUCGCGCUGAAGCGUUUCUUCAUUUGGACAAACUGAGAGCUCAUUUACAGGAACAUUGUCAAUCAUUCUUGAGAAAUUUCAAUUUGAUUCCGGCCAAAGUACCGAUUUUGAGAUUUGACGACGUACAUCACAGUUUUGAGGUUGAUUUGAAUUACAACAAUUGCGUCGGGAUUCGUAAUUCCCAUUUGCUUUAUUGCUACACCCAAUUGGACUGGCGGCUACAACCAUUGGCUGUUAUUGUUAAACUGUGGGCUCAACACCAUGACAUCAACAAUGCUAAGGAUUUGACAAUAUCAAGUUAUUCGUUAAUUUUGAUGGUGAUACAUUACCUGCAAUGUGGUGUUCAACCGGCCAUUUUGCCCUGCUUGCAUGCCAUUUACCCAGACAAAUUUAAUAAAAUCAACGGCAUCGAGACGAUUAAUAUGAACGAUAAAAUCGAGCCAUAUCAUUCGGAUAAUAAGCAAACGUUGGGUGAAUUAUUCUUCGGCUUUUUGGAGUACUAUUGUACUUUUAGUUUUGAGAAAUAUGCAAUUUCCGUGCGAACAGCCGGUCUUUUAAAAAUCGAAGAUUGUCGCGGUCAUAAGUCCUUCAAGAAUGAUCCAACCGAAUGGAAGCAAUUGUGCAUUGAAGAACCAUUUGACCGAUCGAAUACGGCGCGUUCGUGUUGUGAUGAGAAAAUCUUUGAACGCAUCAAGAAAAUCUUUCAUGAAUCGUGGCUACUGUUGCGACAGACCAAAGAUCUUGAUCGAUUGUUCAGCGAACCAUUGGUGCCGCCCGCAUUUUGCACCUUCUACGACAAUUACACGCCGAUACUAUACCAGCCAAUGGACUACAUCUUGCGAUAAUAUCCAUGAGCAUUUAUUUUAUCGACUACUUUCUGACAAAUUGUGAUUUUUCGUUCGUAUGAAAGAAAUGAACUUGAUGCCAUAAAUUGAUUGGGAGGGAGGUAGAAGGUAAACAUUUGCAAUAAGCUUAAGCAUUAGAGUUUAGUGCAGUACGGAAUUCAGCAUAUAAGAUAAGGUCAAAGAAAACAAAACGAAACAAAACACACACACACACACCAAUAAACGCUUUCUGUUUGAUUGCUUUGUGGCAAUCAAAAUGCCACAAUGUGCAUCCAAAACGGGACCCAUCGAUUCCUGGUAGCUAUCUAUCACCGCGAAGACUGAUUCCGAUUAUUAUGAAACAUGAUAUAAAUUGAUACAGAAAAUAAAAAAACGAGAAACCGAAUCGAAUCUCUCGAUCGAAAUCUUUAGAAUAAUUUGUGAUUCAUUGAGUAAAAAUUUGUGAACGUUGCACAGCACAUUGAAAGAAAGUGAACAAAAGACGAAACAAAAAGCAGUAUUUUAAACGGUAUUUUUUAGACGAGUAAACGUGUUAUCUAAACGUUAAAAAAAUAUUGUAGAUAAUCAAGUGUGAAAAUAGAUAUAACAACAAGAAGAACAACAAAAA